AUGGCAACAGAAGCCGAUGAUAACAAUAAGUAUCUAGAAUCAGCUCGAGAUUAUACUACAGUAUUGGUCGGUCCCUCACAUAUGCCCCCCAACCGUGAGCCACAGGUAGAGACCUCUCCCCUGCGGCUUCGCCACCACUAUUUCUACAUUAUCUUCUGGAUUCUGCUUGCGUCGCUACUCCUCUACCUGCCCGGCGGCCUCUCCUACAUCGAUGCACUGCUCCUCGCGUCCGGCGCCGCCACGCAGAGCGGGCUCAACCCCGUCGACCUCAACCGGCUGCAUCUACUGCAGCAGAUCACACUAUGGAUCGUUCCGAUGGCGACAAACGUGGUGUUCAUGCAUUCGCUUUUGGUCCUGAUCCGGCUGUACUGGUUUCGACGGAGGUUCCGACGCGCCAUCCGCGACGCCAAAGCCCUGUGCCAUGCGGAGCGUGGUCGCUGGAAUCAACAUCUGUUGGAUUCGGAGUCUCCGACGCUGGUCGGGCUGACGAGAACCGUUCCGGAGCCUGAGCCCAGGACUAGCCAGGAGAGUGCGGUACUCAGCGAACCUGAAGAUCAGGAGAGACACCUCCUAACGAGCAGUCCGGAAUCUAAGCCCGCGAACGGCUCCUCCGGCCCGCACAUCACCUUCGACGACACGGACCGCGACUACGAAUUGAAGAAGAACAGAAGACAUACGUACUCGUCCUAUCCCGUUAACGGCAAUCGCCGCGCGUCGAUUUCCAGCACGCGGACGAGAAACUCGCAUGACAUUUACGGCAGCACGAUGCCGAAUCUGCCGCCGCUCAUGUGGCAGUCGUCCAUUGCCAGCUAUUCGCAGUGGAACGAGGCGCAGAAGGAGGAGCUCGGUGGGAUUGAGUACCGGGCUCUCAAAACACUGAUGGUCAUUCUGGUGUCAUAUUUCCUGGUUUUUCAUAUCGUGGGCAUGCUGGUGUUCAUGCUCUGGAUCUCGCUGAGCCCGCAGUAUGACUCGACCCUCGCCGAGAUCAAGGUGAACAAGUUCUGGUGGGCGACCUUUACAUCGGGGUCGGCGUUCAACGACCUGGGAUACACUUUGUCGCCCGAUUCGAUGGCCUCGUUCCGGUACGCGUCCUUCCCGCUCCUGACCAUGGCCUUUUUGAUCGUCAUGGGCAACACCGGAUUCCCCUGUAUGCUGCGAUUGAUCAUCUGGGCACUGUCCAAAAUGACGUCCUACGGGACGCCGUUGGACGAGGAACUCCACUACCUCCUGGAACAUCCUCGACGCUGCUUCACGCUACUCUUCCCACGCGCCGACACAUGGCGACUGGCGGCUGUUCUCCUCCUGCUGAACGCGAUUGACCUCGUUAUCUUCUACGCACUCCAAGAGGCCGCACGGUUAGAUCCCGGCAUGUCCGCGGGCGCGAAAUUCGUCAACGGCCUGUUCCAAAUCGCCUCGACCCGCACUGCGGGCUUCACCAUCACCUGGCUGAGCAGGCUCCAUCCAGCGAUACAAGUCUCCUUCCUGGUGAUGAUGUACAUCUCGGCCUUUCCUAUCGCCAUCGUUAUGCGCAAGACGAACGUGUACGAGGAAAAGAGCCUGGGGAUCUACUACGACGACACGCCGAUGCCGCACGCGCAACAGGGGCUGAUGUCGCAUAUCCAGCGCCAACUGGGGUUCGAUCUGUGGUACGUAAUGCUGGGCUUCUUUCUCAUUGCUGUUGCCGAGGGCAAGCGGCUACAGGAGCAUCCCAAUGACCGGGCAUUUUCACUGUUUCCAAUUCUGUUUGAGAUGGUCUCUGGAUACGGCACUGUCGGGCUCUCGCUGGGAUACCCGGGGACGGACACGAGUCUCUGCGCGCAGUUCAGCUGGGUGUCGAAGUUGAUCAUUAUUGCGAUGGAGGUGCGUGGUCGACACCGUGGCCUGCCACACGCGCUGGACCAUGCGAUUCUGCUUCCCUGCGAGCAGCAGGAAGAUGCGCAGGGCGAGUGGUGGUGGAAGCGGUGGUUGAAGAGACGGACGUCGAUCAGUCAUCUGUUCUCGCAUGAGGCGGAUGAACUGGAGAGACUUCUUUAG